CUACGGGGGCCAAUUGUUGCUUUCUCUGUCUCGAGCACGACGAGAAUAUAAUAUUAUCACGGCGUGGGCCAUUCCUCGAUUUUUUUGACUACGUCGACGCGAUCGGCGAUCGGCCGUUCACGAUAAAUUGCACGAAUUCUCGUUAUUAAAAUGCAUUUUACACCUCGGUCGAAACAAGUGCAGAGACUGACGCGUCCAUGAAUUGAAUGUUCGAUAUUAUAUAACAAACAUCAAAGUGUAAACUCGGCGGCGGAAUAAUAAUUUAAUUACCGCGCGGUCGUUAUUUGGAAAAUUUUGCUGUUUCGUCUCGCCACGAGAUAAAUUUCCCGCAUCUGCCAUUGCUCAAUUCCCGAAGUUUGUAUAAUAUACAUAUGAACAUUAUUGCUCGUAAAAAAGCGAAUAUAUAAACGCACACAGCUGGUUGAAACUUAAGUAAUGAUCGCGGCCGCGCGCGUAACGUCGCGCCGCGUGCAUAAUGAGGUAUACCUAUAUAUAUAGCAGUGCCAGUGCCUGUCAGAAUGUGUGUUUGUGUGCGUGUUUAUGCCUCGCGCCCACCGCUUGCAUUCGCGCGUCGUCGCAUCAUCGUGCGCCAGAGGCGUAAAUACAUCAUUCAUACAUAGGUGUAUACGGCAUAUACACACUUAUAGUUUUACCUGCGUGUAUAUGGUCAUAUUUAGACGUGUGUAGCGUGUGUGUACAUUAUAAAAUCUCUGGCAGCGGUAUAUAGAGUAUAGACACAACAACACGCACAGGUCGCGGUGUGUUAUAAACGCGAGCGCAGAGAGUGAGAGAGAGAGAGACGGAGAGAGAUCCGACCAAUCGCCAGCCUCAGUGCUCCGUGCUCGUCGGCGGAAAGUGCCACAAGUACCAAAUAUAACCGCAAAAACUUUUAUUAUUAUUAUCGUCGUGUGUAUACCUAGCUUACUUACUCUCCGUACACGGACACGUCUCGGAGCCGUCCUUUUUUAGUGUGAUAUCAUUCAUUAUUAUUGUUGUUGUUGCUGCUGUAUAUCGGCAAGUGUGAAAAGGUGGUGGAAACAAAUGAAAUUAUUUUAAUAAUACACCAGCAGCGUCCAAAAGAAGAUAAAUCGUAGGAAACCUGUUGAUAAUUGUUGUUAAAUGUUCUAAUUUUACACCUCCGUUCGUCGUUGACAAUAUAUAUAUAUACCUACAAAGAGUGCCAAGGCAAUAAAGAGAAAGAGAUAGAUAUUUAUAGAGAGGGAUCGCAUCGAGAGUGAUUUUUUUUGUCUGAAUCACGCGUCGUGCAGGCAGCAGCUUCAAGUGCAUUUUGUAUACACACACAUACGUACUGUUACACAAAGCUUGCAGCGCAGGCAUAGAGCGGCAUAAUAUACCACGACUGCACGAAGCAGAAAUGUAUUCCUAUGUAUAAGUGAGUCAUCCAAGCUUCGUGAGAGAGGAGCAGAACCGAGUUCUGUGUACACCUAUAUAUAUAUACGAGGAAGAGCUGCUGCUGCUGCUGCUGCUGUGCUGUGCUGUGCCGAGUAGAGAGAGAGAGAGACUCGAAUUGCGACUUUCAAUCCGUCACAUCACAUCCGAGUAAAGAGUGCCCGUGUGUGCGUGGGCUUUUCUGCCGAUCGCAGUGUCUGUUUGUGUGUGUGUGUGUGCGUGUAUCUAUAUAAUACUCGUGCGUGAAGUACACCAACACGACAACGAGCUACUGCUGAUUCUCGCAUAAAUACUAUCGCACACAUGCGAGAGAGAGAGAUUAUCGUGUUAUCAUCCAAAUGACGAGUAUGCAUCAUCGUUUGUUAACGUGAAAUAUUUACCACGCGUAUACCUACACACGCAUGUCUGUAAAACGCCACACACGCAUAUACUUUAGUUUAUAGCGGUGUGUGUUGUACGUCCGUAUGUAUAAGUACACAGUACGCCUGUACUGCUGUACUCUGGCUCUGCUACACACACACAAGCAUCUACUUGACACGUUCAUCAGCGAUCGUCAUCCGGCCGGCUCGCUCGCUCAUUAUAUUGUAUACACAUCUCGCUGCACGCACAUACAUACACGAUAUUAGUGCAGUCACUUAUCUCCUAUCUCUGUCUCUCUGUAUACGUGUAUACUUUUUUUUAUUAUGUAUUUCUGCUACUUCACUACUGAACCAACACAUGUAUGUUGAGGCAGCUACCUACUGUUUCAUGUAUGUUUGCUCUCUGCAGCAUGCAACAGGCUGCUGCUGCUGCUGCUGCUCCUCUCUGAUCAGUUCCAUGAUGCCUUUGUGGCAAGCACGUACUCCUGAUCACAAUUCUAGGCACUUAAGUUAGUUUUCGUUGUGCAUAGUUUAUAGAUUACCUGCGCGCAUUGCUCAGCCAUUGUUAAGUUUGUUUGUUGCAUUAAGUUUCUCCUGACACGAAAUGCCAAUUGCAGCUCUAGCUGCUCGCAUCGUCAUUAGUGCUCCUGUUGAGAGUUUAGAAGCCCAUCGAUCAUUUUGUAUCACUUCAUGUACUUUAUUUGACAUAAAUACAUCAUUAUGGCAGCUAACUUGACCAUUGAACAAGAACAAGCGACCAAGGAAUUUCUUGAGAUUAUCAACAAACGCAGAAUAGCUUGCAGUCCGGUGUCUUGGGGCACGGCUGUAAAAUUUUUAUCAGCUAGAAAAUUUGAAGUCCAAAGGGCAGUAGCUCUGUACGAACAGCACGAAAUAACCAGGAAGAGAGAAGGUUUAUCACAGAUGCAGCCCACCAAGGAACCUCUGAAGAGCGAACUGCAAACUGGCAAAUUCACAGUUCUGCCAACCAGAGACAGCAGCGGUGCAGCGAUAGCAAUUUUCACGGCGCACCUGCACCUACCGCACCAGACGACACAUCAAACGACUCUCCAGGGGGUCGUUUACCAGCUGGACGCGGCGUUGGAGAGCAAGGAGACGCAGAAGCACGGCCUCGUCUUUAUUUACGACAUGUCGGACUCCAAGUUCCAGAACUUCGACUUCGAUUUAUCGCAAAAAAUUCUAACGCUUCUCAAAGGUGGCUAUCCGGCGAGGCUCAAGAAGGUGCUGAUCGUGACGGCGCCGCUCUGGUUCAAGGCGCCCUUCAAGAUCCUGCGUCUGUUCGUGCGCGAAAAGCUGCGCGAGCGCGUCUUCACGGUCUCGAUACCGCAGCUGAGGCUGCACGUGCCGCGCGAGUCGCUGCCGCUGAGGCUCGGCGGCAGUUUGGAGCUGAGCCAUGAGACCUGGCUCGUGCAGUGCCUCGAGGCCGCCAUGACGGCCGGCAGACAGCAGCAGCAGCAGCAGACCAACGACGGCUCGGUGGCGGACACCACCACGACCAACAGUAAUAGUAGCAGCAGCAGCAGCAGCAGCAGCAGCAGUGGCAACGGUACCAACGCCUCCGUCGCGGCUGCCAACGGCUCGGCCAACGCCGUGGCUCCCGAGCAGCAGGACUGCGAGAGCAGCGGCGAGGGCAGCAGCGGCCCGGCCAGUCCGAGCCGUCCGCAGCAGCAGCAGCCCGAGGCAACGGCCAAGAAGAGCGAACAGUCGAAGGAGCAUCAUCCACCGCCGCCACCGGCCAGCGGCUCGGCCUCGUCGGGCUUCAGCGACGACGACAGUCUUCAUGUAGCUCAAGUAGCGGACGUCGAGCAAGCGGCCGACGAGUCGGGCCUGCGACUCGUCAGCAUGGAGCACCUGGUGGAGAGCGUGCGCGAGCGCGGCGUCGCGGCCCUCAUGGCCGAGUACAUGGAGAUAAAGCAGCGGCCGCCCGACGGCACCUUCACCGCGGCCAAGCUCAAGGCCAAUCUGCCCAAGAACCGCUACACGGACGUGCUCUGCUACGAUCACAGCCGGGUCUGCCUCGAGCAGCUCGACCCCAACGACCCGAGCUGCGACUACAUACACGCCAACUACGUGGACGGCUACAAGCAGAAGAACGCCUUCAUCAGCACCCAGGGCCCGCUGCCCAAGACCAUACCGGACUUCUGGCGCAUGGUCUGGGAGCAGCAGAGCCUCGUCAUCGUCAUGACUACCAGAGUCGUCGAGCGCGGCCGUAACAAGUGCGCCCAGUACUGGGGCCCGGAGAUCGGCGACCAGGUGACCGCCGGCGGCUACAACGUCACGACCCUCGAGGUCGACCGCAGCAGCGAGUACACGAUAUCCAAGCUGCUGCUCACCAAGACCAAGACCGAGGAGACGCGCGAGAUCUGCCACAUGCUGUACACGGGCUGGCCGGAUUACGGCGUGCCGCGCUCGGCCAAGGCCCUGCUGCAGUUCCUCGGCCUGGUGCGACAGCAGCAGAGCAAUCUGCUCGCCAAUCUGGGCGACGCCUGGGCCGGCCACCCGCGAGGACCGCCGAUCGUCGUGCACUGCAGCGCAGGCAUUGGAAGGACAGGUACCUUCUGCACCCUCGACAUUUGCAUAUCCAGGCUCGAGGACACCGGCAGCGUCGACAUUCGCGGCACCGUGGAAAAGAUACGCUCCCAGCGGGCCUUCAGCAUACAGAUGCCCGAUCAGUACGUUUUCUGUCACAUGGCCCUGGCCGAGUACGCCCUGUCGCGGGGCAUGCUCAGUCCCCAGCAGAUAGCCAUGCUACCACCCACCAUCGAGGAGGAUUCUGAUUAGUGAGAGAUACGUUCGUUUCUUUCUUCCUACGCGAUUCGUUUUUCCUUUAUCUCGUACUCUGAAAACAUACUCUAUCUUUCUCUCUUCUCUUUCUCUCUCGAAAACAAUGUUGACAUUCGUAAAAACUCAAUCGUUGAAUAUCCCGCGCUCUUUUUUCUCUUCCUUUUUUGAUAAACGACGUUUCUUCUGUAUCGCCCAUUCCUCAUCGAGUCUAGCAUUUUGUACUGGGAAUUUUUCAAUCGCUUUUCUACGCCGUGUGAACAAUUCGUUUGAUAUAUUUGCAUGAACAGAAUAAAAAAAUGCCGGACUUUUGUCCGAAACUUUCAACUAUUACGUUAGAUCGUAGAGAUAUUGCGAAUGAGCUGUUGUUGAUGCAAGAGACAAUUUUUAUGGAAACAAUUAUUAAAUAAGCAGAUUUUAAAUUCUAUGACCAAAGAUUAUUAUAUAUAUAAAAAAAAAACGCAUAUUUCAUUCAACUGUUGUUCCUAAUGAACAGUUUAAUAUUUUGAUAAAGAUUUCUUGUACUGAACGAGGAAAAAAAAAUCCGUUGUCUCAAACAGUAGGAUCGAUUUUUCAUGUUUAUUACUUACAUUAAGAUACAAUUUUGAGAAGCUUACUGAAUUACCGCCAUUUUUUCAAUAUCACACUCAUGUCUCAUUAACAUAAUUAUCCGAUUAAUCCUGUAUGCAAGCUCGAUUUAUAUAAAUUUUUAUCCUCGCUUGAGAUUGUUUAAAGGGGGAGAAAAAAACCGUACGAUAAUAAACACUCGCAUUCACGCUCUUCCUAUCUGACUCAUUAAUUUUCAUUCGUCGUCAUAUAUAAUUUCAUUAAAUCUUAAAAUGUACAAGUCGAGAAGGGGUGUGCGCAAUUUUCUCGAGUAAGUCAAGAAGGUCAAUGCACUUUGUGCGCCGUCUAACACCUAGACCUGUUUUUUUUGCAACCGAAGAAAAAAAGUAUCAGUGUGUAAAAUUUUACUGGUCGAGUACACGCUAGCGCGAUUGCCCUUUUCAAACAUUUUUUUUUUUAAUGAUAACGGAUGGCUUAAAUUCAUCAGUUUUUUUAUAAUACCAGUAUUUAGUUUCUUAGAGUUUGGUAAAUAAAAAUUCCUGAGUUUUGGUAGUCUGUAGAUACAAAAAUUAUAUUACUUAGCAUCGUAUAAUAAAGUUUGUAACGUUUCGAUGGUUCAGUAGAAAAAGGUCAAAGAAUUUUCCGUUUUGAAUUUGAUUAAACUAAGUACGAAUCCGGCCAAAAUUUAACGAAUCAUGUCGCAGACAUAAUUUUGUUCAAUUGAGAGAAACAAUGCGCGCUAUUACCUAUUUCAUUUAACAUGGUGUCGGGUUCCAAUAAUACGUUUUUCAAUAUUGCCGAAUUUAAAAAUUGAAUUCAACCUAAAUCUUAGUUUUAAGUAACAUUAACUGUGGAAUCUUGUUCUUUGAUGUACGAGGAAAAAAAAAUAUUUGCGACUUUAAUGUCGCGAAUCUUAUAAAUAUAUAUAUGUAUACAUAAUUCACAAAUUGCAUUAAAUUUAAGAAUUGUAAAUAUGAUAAGCUGUUCGCAUUUAUUAGUCUUAGUUUUUAACAGAAAUUUUGUUAUAAUAGUAGAUUAUUAAAUUAUAGAAAUGAUUUGUGUACAAACGAAAUUUAUGAUUUCAAGUUUUGAAUGAUUUUAUAAAAUUUAUAAUUAAAGUACAUUUUUCGCAUCGAGCCUUCAAUGAACUUAAUACGUACGAAUAAAUAUUAUUUAAGAUAUUAACAA